CCCGCCCAGGGGUGUUGGCUUUUGAGGUGUGACACACUUGAGCUGGAUACAAACUAGAGCUGACUGAGAGGCUCCGUCAGUGUUCAUCACAUCAGUAGACGGGACACAUUUGAUUUCACUUUGUGUCAGGCUUUCGGACAGUUACUCAGGAUGACACACCAGUUCCCCACGCUCUCCGAGUCGCAGAAGAAGGAGCUACAUGAGACUGCUCUACGCAUAGUUUCUCCAGGGAAGGGCAUCCUGGCUGCAGAUGAGUCUGUGGGCAGCAUGGCUAAGCGGCUGGCCCAGGUGGGAGUGGAGAACACAGAGGAGAACCGCAGACAGUACCGGCAGAUUCUCUUCAGUGCGGACGAUCGCAUCAACAGCUGCAUUGGAGGGGUCAUCUUCUUCCAUGAGACGCUGUACCAGCACUCUGAUAACGGCGUACCCUUUGUCAAAAUGAUCAGGGACAGGGGUAUCCUGGUUGGCGUCAAGGUUGACAAGGGUGUUGUCCCCCUUGCAGGGACCUGUGGAGAAACCACCACACAGGGUCUGGAUGGAUUGUCAGAGCGCUGUGCACAGUAUAAAAAGGAUGGAGCCGUCUUUGCAAAGUGGCGCUGUGUGCUCAAAAUGAGUGACACCAAUCCAUCUAAACUUGCUAUCACUGAAAAUGCAAAUGUUCUUGCACGCUACUCUAGCAUCUGCCAGCAGCAAGGUAUUGUGCCCGUCAUAGAGCCGGAGAUUUUGCCUGAUGGAGAUCACGACCUGAAACGCAGCCAGUACGUCACUGAGAAGGUCCUGGCUGCAGUGUACAAAGCCAUGUCUGACCACCACGUGUACCUGGAAGGCACUCUCCUCAAACCCAACAUGGUGACACCUGGGCACAGCUGCUCCACCAAGUACAGCCCAGAAGAGGUUGCUAUGGCAACUCUCACCGCGUUGCGCCGCACUGUUCCCCCAGCGGUCACAGGCGUGGCUUUUCUCUCAGGCGGUCAGAGUGAAGAGGAGGCCUCCGUCCACCUCAAUGCCAUCAACAACUGCCCUCUGGCCAAACCCUGGGUCCUGACGUUCUCCUUUGGCCGAGCCCUGCAGGCGUCUGCACUCAGAGCCUGGAGAGGACAUAAAGAGAACGAGAAAGCCGCCACUGAGCAGUUCAUCAAGAGAGCAGAGGUGAACAGUCUGGCAUGUCAGGGGAAGUACACUGGUGGUGAUAACUAUGGUGAGCCUAACCAGCGUGUUUAUGGAUCCUGUCAUGCAUACUGAACAGUAUGAGAAGCCACAUUUCAGUUAGCAGUGUGUUCCUUUCAUUACCGUAACAACACAUGUUAGAGAAUUAUUGUAAUGUAGAUACUAGAUACAAUAUUUCAGAAUAUUCACACUCAUGAUGAUGUUACAUGAAAACAACUGACAGCAUGUUUUCUUGCCUUGACAAAUGAGGACAAUCAGAACAUGGCCUUGGAUAUUUCUAAUGCACGUACUGAAUGAGAGAUGCUUGCUUUAAUUUUGUUUUGUCUUUUUUGCACGGGAUGCUCUUAACUGUGACAGUGCCAUCACUAAAGCUUUAAAAUCCUGCAUUUACUUACUUAGUAUCAAAAAUACUAACUUGCCAUGUGCUGUAAGUAAAUUUAAUUUUGGCUGCAGAAGAAUAAUAUUAGUUUAUAUCACAGCACUGUUAAUUAAAUAGUAAUAGCGGCUGAAUUUCUGGCGUAGAUUCCCCCACAUAUUCCGUGGAAGUAUAUUCAAGUUGUGCAAAGUUUCUGUAUGGUUGUGUGUGAACAUGAGGAUUUUUCUAGUUUAGUUUUACUCUUCAUUUAGAAGUCACCAUGCACAAUUAGAAAUAUUGCACCAGAAUUAGCUUCAAGCUAAUUUUCAUCUGCAGUCCCUUGGCAGAAAGUACACUUAGCACAAGAAUAAAAUACAACUCAGUGUGAUUUUUGUGUGUGUGUUACCAUUCUCAAGAGUAUUCUCUGUGUCUCAAAGUCUAAUUGAACAUAGUUCAAAUGUAAACAUUCAAACAAUAAAACAGUGUUCAGGUAAA